GCAGUUGCCGGUGAGCUUGGGAGAGCCGUGGGCGCAGAGGCGCUGUAGGUGGCUCCCCCAGAUUAUUACAGAGAGGAAAAACCUGCAAUCUGAGACAUAGACCCCAGAUAAACUGUACCAUUCUAGAAGAGGUGAUGGCUGUGGCCCUGGGUUGUGCAAUCCAGGCCUCCUUGAAUCAGGGCUCUGUGCUGCAGGAGUAUGACACUGACUGUGAAGUCUUCCGACAACGUUUCAGGCAGUUCCAGUACACAGAAGCUGCCGGGCCUCAUGAAGCAUUCAACAAACUCUGGGAGCUUUGCUGUCAGUGGCUGAAGCCAAAGAUGCGUUCUAAGGAACAAAUCCUGGAACUGCUUGUGCUAGAGCAAUUCCUAACUAUUCUGCCCACAGAAAUAGAGACCUGGGUGCGGGAACACUGCCCAGACAAUAGAGAAAGAGUUGUGUCACUCAUUGAAGACUUACAGAGAGAGCUUGAGAUACCAGAACCACAGAUUGAUAUGGAUGACAUGCUCUUGGAAGAACUGGCACCAGUUGGAACAGUGCCCAUGCCACCCAGCUUGCACCUGGAGGCACCUGCACUCCAAGUCAUGGAACCUGUCCAGGAGCCCCCAGUGCCAGAGGCCUGGAUCACACAAGCAGGACCACAGGACCUAAACUACAGUGCUGAUGCUGAAUGUCAGUCCUUUCUGGACCCGGGUUAUCAGUUGCCAAAGCUUGACAUGAACUUCCCCCUGGAUCAUAGAGAAGAGCCAUGGGUAAAAGAAUUAGAGGAUCCCAAAGAAAUGAAACAAUUGCUUGAUUCCAAGAUUGGUUUUGAGAUGGGAAUAGAAAAUGAAGAAGAUACUUCAAAAGAGAAAAAAAUGGAAAAUAUGUACCCAUUUGUUGUGACUUUAGAAGGGAAUGCUCUCCAUGGUCCCAUUCUGCAAAAGGACUAUGUACAAUUAGAAAAUCAGUGGGAGCCACCCCCAGAGGAGUUACAGACAGAUUUAACAAAACUUGUAGAUCCUCAGAACCCCAUUCUAGGAGAAACACCUGAGAGCUCCAACUUGGAAGAACCUCUCAACCCGAAGCCUCCAAAGAAAAAGAGUCCUGGAGAGAAACCUCACCGCUGUCCUCAGUGUGGAAAAUGUUUUGCUCGGAAGUCACAACUCACUGGGCACCAGAGAAUUCAUUCAGGAGAGGAGCCUCACAAAUGCCCUGAAUGCGGAAAAAGGUUCCUGCGUAGCUCUGACCUCUAUAGACAUCAGCGACUCCACACAGGAGAGAGGCCCUAUGAAUGUAGUGUGUGUAAAAAGCGAUUCACUCGGCGCUCACACCUGAUUGGGCACCAGAGAACCCAUUCUGAAGAAGAAACAUAUAAAUGUCUUGAGUGUGGAAAAAGCUUUUGUCAUGGAUCCAGUCUUAAAAGACAUCUGAAAACCCAUACAGGUGAAAAACCUCAUAGAUGUCAUAAUUGUGGGAAAAGUUUCAGUCGCCUGACAGCACUUACUUUGCACCAGAGAACACACACAGAAGAGAGACCUUUCAAAUGUAGUUAUUGUGGGAAAAGCUUUAGACAGAGACCAAGCCUUGUAAUUCAUUUAAGAAUCCACACAGGGGAAAAGCCAUACAAGUGUACUCACUGUUCUAAAAGCUUCAGGCAGAGAGCAGGCCUUAUCAUGCACCAGGUCACACACUUCAGAGGACUUCUUUAAGAACUGUUAAGGGGAGCAGGUCCUAUGACAGGGUAACAUGGGAGUCUGCAGUAGCUGGCUGUCUUACAAGUACAGCUUUGAGGGGUGCUAUUUUUAAAAACCAUCUUUCAAGGUAUAGGAGUUCUAGAGUGUCUACCUAUCCUUAACAGUUUUUCUGAAUUUAAUACCUUCUGUCUUUUUCUGUUGUUUAAUUGCAAUGGAAAUUAUUGGUUCCAAGGCAACCAUAUGAUAAGCAUAAGCACAAAGCAUAUAAACGGUGGCAGUCGUUUAUAGGUAGGACCAAUAUAAUGGAGCAUUAACAGUGUCUGCUCUACACUACCACACUUGUUCUCCCCUAUAAUUAUUAAAGGCGACUAUGUGAAAGCAGCCAUUUAGAUAUACAUGCUUCAUGUGGCAAGAAAUGAGGCAGUGAAUUUUGACAAACAAUACAAACGUUUCAGGAGGAUUAGGAGAAAGAGGAUGUCAUUGGCCUAAGGAACAGGCUUGUUUCCAUUUACAUUUUUAUGCUUAGAGUUGUGAUGUUGUGUUUGGACUUUUGUGACGUUCGCUGCCCUGCUUAGUUGGCCGUCUGUGAGUGAUGGUGGUUACAGUGGAGUACUAUGCUUCUAACUGUCUGCGAGCUCUAGCAGAAAUAACUUGCAGUUGAAGUUGUACAAGUAGAAUCUAACUUUAUUUAGAUGGACUGAAGAACAAGUAUCCGUGGAUUUUCAGUCAUUGGUAUUCUCUCAUGUUUAUUUCAGUGCUUUUGAAAGUGUAUCCAUUCUCUAAUUCAGUGUUUUCUAAGUAUGUGUCGUAGUAUACUUUGUUCUGCAAGAUGUUCUGCAAAAAUUUUGGGAAUUGCUUCUAGCUGUGUGUCCUUCCUAGAUUCAUUAUGCUCAUGAGCAUAGGAGACUCUUGGAAAGGUCCUAGUUUAGGAAAGGAGGCUAAGGCGCCUCUUGUAGCGCAGUGCUUUCCAAACUUCCUUGACCCCAGAACCUUUUUCUUGUCCACAUAGUAAUAACUUGCAGUGAUACUCUGCAAGUAUCCCUUGGGACCCACUGCCUUAAACCAGUAUGUCUGUUAGCUAUCAGUGUGGUCCUGUAGCUCUAAACCUAGUUAUUUCCAGUUUCAAGAAUUUUAUGAAAAAAUGAUUUGAAAAUAUACAUCUUUUGUAUUAUACACACAUCAUUCAAGGACAUUAAGAUCACUAAUUCGCAUAAUUUGUGGGUUACUUAGUGAUUUGCAGCCUCUGAAUUUUAAUUAUACUUACAUACACAUCAUUUUAAGAGGUGAAGGUCACUAAUUCACAUAAGUUAUGAAUUACCUAGUGAUUCUUAACCUUUUUGAAUUUUACUUAUAAUCACACACACACACACACACACACAUACAUAUACAUACAGAAUUGCUACUUAUAUAAAUGUUCUCAUGUAUUCAUAGUAACAACUCAAUCUCAUAGUAAGGGAGGAAGUCAAUGAAAGCUGUUGAUAUGUGAAAAUACUCCUUGAGCUUAGUCCUUGUUAUUAGACACAAGCAAUGGGACAUUCAAUUAUAUUCCCUUCGUGAAGAUACACAGUCAUCUUUAAAGUAGAACUAAGGAAAGUGGGUCUCUUCAUUGCAUUCAAGUUCUUUGAAGUAACAUAGAAGUAUUUGGCGGGUAUGUAUUAUGUGCCUAACUUGUCCUGUUCUAGUCUUAAUGGAAGCUAGUAACAAAACAUAAUUCAUGUGUAAGGCUCAUAAAGAGUUUCAAAUAUCUCUAGUUAAACAAGAGUUGGGAAACAAAUGGAGAACAAUACAAGAGAGCUUGUAAUUAAGUGCCAAAUCAUAUAAAGUGCCAGAGCCAGGAUGUGUCUUUAAUUCUUGGCAUCCAGGUCCCUGUAUGAUGCUGCUAAUAAUUCUGGGAUUAAAAUUAGACCCCAGUAACAUAGGAGGAGUCUGAAUGUAGAGAUUAAAAAUACAGAAUGUAAUGGCUUCUCUUUCUCUCUUGUGGAAUUGCAUUCAAACCAGAACAGUGCCUUAGAAUGGAUGUGCCCAACUGCUCUGUAUUUAUACACUAUUUUAAUAAAGUGGAAAUGUAUAUAUGCUCUUUUUGAUUCUCUUGAAUUAAAUAAUCAUUUGAACAACUUAGAGCUACUUCCCUAAGCAGGGGCAACAAUCACCCCAAUACACUUCUCUAUGCCCAUCCCAAGUUGGAAUCACUUUUCUGAUUGCACCCUAGUGCUGUGGUUCGCUGGCCAGAUUAGUGGCAGUCAUAAUAUGAAUUAUGUCUCUUCCCUCGUCUCUAUCCUGAGCAGAUUUGUACAGGGUGGAAGACAUCCUGUAUUCACCCUUUGUUACUUCCGUGCCCUGUAUACAAUAAUAACCAUUAAUAACCAUUCAUGGCAUUAGAUACAGAAACAUGUGAAGCAUUUCUUGGAAACAGGUUAUAGUGUUAGUACAUUGCAUGCAUGUGCCUAAUUGGGGCACAUACAGGACCUACCUCCUAUCAUUAAGGGUAAUAAACAGGACUCACCUCGUAAUUACUAUGAAGACUAAAUAAAAUAUAUUUUGUUCAGGUCCUAUACAGUAUCAGCAUUAAUAAAUAUCAAACAUAUUGUACUUUCUUUUUAUGUAAUAAUAAAACAUUUGAGAUUGUGGAUUUUCUCUUAA